CUAAUAAUUUAAAAUUUAUGUACAUGAUGGAAGUGAAAAGAACAUUUUAAAGUCUUCAUAUCAAAGAGAGAAGAAGAGGAAGACAAAAAGAAAUGAUGAAGACUAAGAGUAAAGCGUUGAUCAUCUUCUUCACUCUAGUUCUGCUUCUAAGCAUGGCCUCAAGUGUUCUUCCAAGAGAAGAUGGUUUUGCUCCUCCUAAACUAUCUCCCUCUUCCACUCAAGAGAAAGAAAGAAGUAGAAAAGGUGAUGGAGAUGGAGUAGAUCAGUGCAAGAGUUCGGACAGUGAAGAAGAAUGUCUUGUUAAGAAAACCGUAGCUGCUCACACCGAUUACAUCUAUACACAAGACUUAAAGUCAUCUCCUUGAAACAAGAACAAGAACUCUGUCUUUUAUAUAGUACAAGCUAUAAGCAUAAGCAAACUCUCCUUGACCAUUUGCUCAUGACUUCAUCAUGUUCUUUGUUAUUUUAUUCUAAUCUUUGUUUGAUUUCUGUUAAUGUCAACUUAUAUUUAUCCUUCAAUACCAACUCUAUAUAUUUUAAUA